UGCCCUAGUUUUGUUUGGUUUGGUUGUUGUUCGACAAUGAGCGUGUGGCUUUUUGCCAAAUCGAGGGGACAGGACCGUUGCAAUCAGUUAGUUUGUGCGGUGUUCUUGUUCCAACAUGAAGCGAGCGCUUUUGUCGAUCCUGCUGGUGGUGGCGUACAGUGUUGGGUUGUGCGAUGGUUCUUUCUCACUUUUGACCGAACCUCGUCAAACCUGCACCGAUUUUGACAUAUUUUCACAACAAGUGGUAUCGUUGACGACACAGGUCCAAAGUCUGCCCACGGGAGACCCACUGGUAAAGAUACGAUCCGAUCUUGUUAACCUGUUGGCUUCGUCGAAGAUUUACAAGUCGUGCGAUGAUAUUGGACCAACUAGCCCGCCGGGUUUAUAUCGCAUUCAGGAUGGAAACGACGCGCCGAUGUACUACUACUGUGAAACAGUACAAGAUGGCGGAAGAUGGACCGUGAUACAGCGUAGGACGGCCGACGUAGUCAAUUUUACUCGUAGUUUCAACGAGUACGCCACGGGUUUCGGACACCCCAGUGGAGACUUUUGGCUCGGACUGACACGCAUUCAAAAAAUAACCUCCCAAACGCAGUACGAACUGCUCAUAAAGAUGUCUGCCUUCGACGGUACCAGUGCAACGGCUAGGUAUAGCAGCUUCCAGCUUAACGAUGUAAACGAUCUGUUUAAGAUCACGUCCCUGGGAAACUUUACCGGGGACGCAGGAAAUUCUAUGUCACUGUCACUUAACAGACAGUUCUCGACCCAGGAUAAAGACACGGAUGCAUCUUCGACCACAAACUGUGCGAAUGUUUGGGGUGGAGGAUGGUGGCUUAAUAACUGCGGCGAUAGCAAUCUGAAUGGAUUUUAUCGUGGGGUGACUCCAACAGCAGCUCCCAGGACAGCAAUGGUUUGGGCAGGCUUCAAGGGACUUUCACAAUCACUGAAGAAUUCUACCAUGCUUAUUCGUAAAUAUGUUCCUUAAAUCACGGAUCGAGAGGCGGGAAUGCCUGUGAAUAAAUAAAUGUUUCGUUCAUAUCAGC